AUGGAGAAGCGCAAAGCUCCACCACCACAAGACGAGCCACAGGGUCAGCUCGAGUCCAAGAGACUCAAGGGUGGUAUCGACAGCGACGACGACAUGGACAACACCAAGCAGCUCGUGCCCAUGAUCUCUCGCGCCGAGACUGCUGCCGUCCAACACCAGUUCGAGCACGACUCCGCCACCGCAGACGAUGAUAGUGGCGACGAGGAGUUCGUCGAUGCACCAGAAGAAGUCAGUGAUGACCUCGACAUUCCACCACCACCGCGUGCCCAAGACGAUGUCAUCAAUGUGAGCAAUGAUGAGGAGGACGAGGAGGAGGAAGAUGACGACGACAUGGACGACACCAAGUCCACAUCUUCCGACCUCUUCGACGCCACGUUUUCCCAUCUCAAAGAUCAGAAGGAGGAGGAGGACGCAGCAGACGACGAUGGCGACGAUGGCGACAACGACUCAAAGCAAGACAGCGGCAUCGAGUCCUCCCCAAAUUCGCACACCCAAGGCUGCGAGGAAACCCGCCGCCGCAUAAGCACGCCACCCCUCCCCACCCCCGACCUCAUCGUCACCGGCGCCACCACAAUCACCAAGAAGCCCAGCCCAACAAAAUCGGACCCCAACGCCAAAAAAGAAGAAGGCCGCAUUCGCGUAGGCCCCGACGUCGACCGCGACCUCUCCGAAGGCCUCCGCUCCCACUUCCGCUUCCACGAGCGCGUCGCCAACCUCAUCCCACGCCUCAACGCCCCGGACUUCGACUGGUCCCGAAGGUACUGGAUCGCGGUGCUCAGCCACCUGAAACGCGCCAAGAACGCCACCAGCGAGAAAGAUUUCGUGUGGAUGAAGGGAAAUCGUCUCAGUACCGGCAAGACCAUCUUGCACAAGUAUUCGGACAGUAUGUUCCCGGAUCCGGAGCGCACGGUGUUGAUGCUGGGGCAUGAGAGGUUGGGGAUGGGGGAUACGAUGGAGGAGUGUGAUUUCUUUGGGGAUCGGUUGGUUGUGCUUAGGGCGGUGGAGGAGGGUGUCGGGGAGUUGAAGGAGAAGAGUUUGGUGGCUGGGUUGGUGAAGGAGGUGCCGGAGGUGGUGGCGCUUGACGAUGAUUGA